AUGCAGGUCGCACGUACGGGGCUCACUGGCGUAAAAUUGUCCGGAGUCGCCAUAAACCAUGAAGAAAUAAUGUCUUCAAAGGCGAAGAUUUUCAAGACGCUGGACGCGGGCAUCAAGGGGCUCUUCAAGAAGAACGGAGUUGAGUUUAUCAGUGGACACGGAACGCUCGUUGCUCCGAAUGAAAUACAAAUUGAUGGAGGCGAGAAAGUAACAGCCAAACACAUCAUCAUCGCCACCGGAUCGGAAGUGACCACCUUUCCCGGAGACACGCUUAAAAUCGAUGGGAAACGUAUUAUCAGCUCUGAUGAGGCGCUGAUGCUGAACGAAGUGCCGAAGACAAUGGUGGUCAUUGGAGGCGGUGCCAUAGGCCUGGAGCUGGCGUCAGUCUGGAGUAGGCUCGGAGCCAAAGUUACAAUCGUGGAGUAUGGGAGCGCACUUUGUCAAGCUAUGGACCAAGAUGUUUCAGCAGCCAUUAAAAAACUCAUCGAAAAGCAGGGUAUUGAAAUCUCUGUCAGCACCAAAGUGCUGGGAGGAGAGGCCAAGGACGACUGUGCUAUAGUAACCGCCGAAAAGAAUGGACAGAAGGUUGAGUUCAAGGGAGAUGUCGUCCUCCUAGCCAUGGGAAGGAGACCAUUCACAAGCAACCUUGGGCUGGAGAAUUUGGGCAUUAAAACCGAGAGGGGUUGUAUAGUGGUCGACGAUAAGCUCAGAAUCCCAAACCACCCAAACAUCAGCGCUAUCGGAGACGUCAUUCCUGGACCGAUGCUCGCUCACAAGGCGGAAGAGGACGGAUCGGUCGCCCUCGGGAAUAUUCUAGGGAAAGACCUAGGACACAUAAACUGGAAUCACGUCCCUAUGGUGAUAUACACUCAUCCAGAGGUUGCAGGAGUGGGAAGCACUGAGCAAACCCUCAAGGCUGCUGGGUUGACCUACAAAAAGGCGACCUUCCCGUUCGCCGCCAAUUCCAGGGCUAGAGUUGCCGGCGAAACUGACGGCUUCGUGAAAAUAUUGGCCGACAAUGAUAACAAGAUACUAGGAGGUUGGAUUGUAGGGCCGCAUGCCAGCGAACUGAUAGGUCAAAUCACCCUAAUGAUGGCCUGCGGACUCACCACUGUGGAUGUUUCGAAGGUCUGCUUUGCGCACCCAACGAUUUCGGAGGCGCUCAAGGAGGCAUGCAUGGCGAUACAUCACAAAGCUACGCAUUUUUAA